UAUCUAUUUUUAUUGUGUAACUCAUAUUCAAAUGGUUUAAAUUGAAUUGAAUGGUUGCUGCACAGAGCCGCGUGAAUUUAUGACCGGGAAGGGAGAUAUUUAAUCAAUUCUUUCUUGUCAGAAUGGCAAAGAAACUAAAGGUGAAACAUGUGAGAUGGCUUGGUCUCUCUCUCUCACACACACACGCACACGUACACUAUACGCGAAAGGGAAGAACAUAAGUGAAGAAAAUCUCAAGAUUUCAAACUGCCAGUAGUAGGCAACAAUAACGGAGUUGAGACGUGGAGGGGUCGCUUGCGUCUACCUCAUCUCGCGCUUUACCUUCUUUCUCGUCUUCCUCAGUCUUUCUUCAGAUCGCCUCUCAGUCGAGGAAAACAUUGUGUAUACAGGUGAACAUCACACGUGUUAAACUAACUAUUGUCUACUCUUUAAUCAAUAUUUUAUAAAAAGAAGUAUUUUUAAAGAAAGAUAAAUAAAUAUAUAAUUCACAUAUGACAAAUGAUAAUUGAAAAGCAACGUCGCGACGAUAAGAGCGCAAAAAAAAGUUUUCACACGAUCAAUCGUUUGCGGUGCAUCAUUCCUGAUGUAUUAACCAUAAAGAUUAAUGUCUGAAAUUUGUGAAAAAAAUCAAUUAAAAAUUAAAAAACGUGAAAAUUAUAAAUUAUUGAGCAAAUGGCUACCAUAUACGGCAACGGAAAGAGCCAUGCCAUGAUGAAUACUGGCAGUUAUUAUAGGCCAAGUCCUUACACUUAUCGGAACGAUUAUUAUCUAACACCAAGAUCUAUCUUGUCCAAGAUAUCGGUGGACAAAAGGACGAGUAAUACUACAUUGAAAUUUGGCAGUGCCGUUUUAAUUUUAUCCGCAUUGUUAGUACUGAUCGCAGUAAUGGCCAUUGGCGGAUUAGCUUUAUGGAUGGGUGCUUUUCGGACGGAUUCCAAAAAUGCUAUCGUUGGAUUUUCGUGUAGUUUUAGAAUAACGAGAGGGGAAAAAUACAAUCCUAUGCUGAAAUUAAACACAAGCAUGGUCUUCCGAGAAAAGGAACGAAAAUUUAAAAAUAUUUUCGAGCUUUUAUUUAGAAGAAGCGUGCUUGGUUCAUCUUACAAACAAGCAACGAUAGACAAGUUCGAAAACGAUACUUUGAAAGUUUUCUUCAGAUUAUAUCUUGAUCGAAGAAAGAUACCACGCUCCAUCACAAACGUCGAAGAUACUAUUAAAGAUAUUAUCAUUAAAGAGACAUACUCGAUAUCGUCAUUAUUCAAGAACAUGGAAAUAGAUCUGAGAACUGUAUCAGUAAAAAGAAUAAAUCAGGAAAGCGCAGUAACUCAGAAACAUGAACAACAAAAACAUGCCAUGAUCAUUAAAAACGGUCUCUUACGGUCGAAUAGGAACGGUAGCUUGAUCACGAUUCCAAAACAGAAAACAAAACCAAUCAGAAGAGAUUCUGUUGAGCCUAAUAUAGACUUUAGCAACAUUCCCACCAUACAAGGCAUUUAUACGGCAACAAAAAUUAAUGUUACAGAAGAAAAUAAAAGGACAGCCGAGCUAGUAACAGAAAGUAUUGAUGAAACGACAGUAAUACAAGAACGAACCACCGCGUUAAACGAAAUAUCUAAUCUCAAGGAACCUUUGCCGACGAAUGAACUUCCAACAGCUUUCAUAAAACGCACAAUAAUCGCUUUGAGCGAUCAUAUGUCAGACGGACAAACGGUAGAUGCAAUAAAAACUAUGUCUCUCGAAAGUACGACUUCUCAAAGUACUUUAGAUACUUUCAAAGAUUUUCGUAAUCCUGAUUUUGAAACCUCGCUGUGGAGACCAAUUGUGUCAGGAUUUAUUAAUACACAGUUCAAAUUGUUUCCUCGUGGUAACGUCAAAGAGAUUGAUCAUACAACAGAAUCGAGCACGCAGGAAACAGCUUCAUCAAUAAGUGAUAAUCCAAAACUACCAACCCGCAGUACUAUUAGCACAGAUUUGUCGAGACCUGGAAUGAUGAAUAUUUUUGAUACAGAAAAUACCAAGUUUCCACAAGAUGGAAUCAUAUCAGAUCUGACAAUAUCUAGACCAGACACUGCAUACAAAAACAAUAAACCAGAUAUCGAAGUAGUCGGGCAGUUACCUCUGGAAAUGUUUAGUGUCAAGUUAAAAGCCAAUCAUAAUAACAAUGAAAUGGUUUCUACUUUAGAAACUUCGAAAACUCACAAAGUCAUAAAAAAUAUCACGAUAGAAGAUAAUGUCUUUCACAGAGAGUUAAAUACUACUGAAAAAGUGGAAGAAAAAUUUAAUAACUUGUUAUCAACAACGGAAUCGGAUAAUAACGAGUCACAUGAUAACGACAAAAUUGUGACGCCACUAAGUGGUAUCGGUGUAGCGGAGCCUGUGCCGGAUUCGGAAAUCGAAUUAGAAGCAAAAAAUCAAUAUAGCAAUAUAGUUUUAAGGAACAACAAAGACAAAGAGUCAUUACGAGACAGAAAAGUUAACAGUAGUUUGCAACAACCGGUUUAUACUAGUUAUAAUACUUCUGAUUUGAAUGGCGGUAAUUUUAUAUCAAGCCUGAUCGAACUUCCGGUAACCACAAAGCCUUUUAGACAUACAAUACCUGUUGACAAGGUUACAUCUGUCGUAAAUUACAAAAGUAAUGUUUCUCUUCGUAACUUAAGUAUUUCAUCUCUUUUGAAUAACGUUCUGAAUCGUAACACAACAGAAUCAAAUGCACUCCAAAGUAAAACUGUUACGUUAUUACCAUCAGUAUCGGAGAAAACCAUUAAAGAAAUUUUAAUUACGGAAAAUAAUGAUGCGAUUCAAUUGCCAAAUUAUGAACAAAACACAUCAACGGACUUAAAUUUAGCACGAAUGAAUAACAAUAAAUUAAAACAAUACGUAUCGAGGAACUCGACGUUUGUUGAAAUCGAUAUUGUUAAGUAUACGCCAGAUGAUUUGGAAGAAAACUCUGAAUCAUACGCGGCAGAUAAUGGGAUAACGAAGGAUGAGUUACAAAAGAAAAUUUACAAUGAUACCUUGAAAGCCUACGUGAUAGAAAAUUCAUUUGUUAGAAACAACGAGGGAAUUGGUAAACCAAUGCGAGCAAAAUCAAAGAUCAAAGAUCUUUCCGUGGAUGAAACAACUUUCUUAGAGCAACUACUCCGAGUACAUGAUUACACGCAUAAAAAUGAUACAAUCAAUAUCAAUAAAUCCAAUCACCAGUUUUCUUCAUACGAAAUCCAAGUAGAUCCAACAAAAUACAACGAAGAGAAAUCUAAGUCCUAAAAAUACAAUUAAAAAGACGGCAAAAAUUGUGAGUUUUACUAGAAAAAAGAAGUAUCAUAUUUAACAUCAUACAUAGAGAAUCUUUUUAAAUUUUAUCACUCGCAAAAUUUCAAGAUUUGACAUAUAUGUAAGUCACAAACGCCACUUGUCCCAGUGCAUACUUUGUAAAUACUAUGAUUUCUGUUUGAAGAAACCAUAUAUCUUACAGAGAGAAUUUGAGUUUUUUUACUAUACAUAUAUUAUUUUAAUAAAUUUAUUUUUUAUAGACAAAAUAAUUUAAAAAAUUUUACACAACGUUAUUUAUUUAUUUAUUUAUUUAUUUAUUUAUUUAUUCAAUCGUCGCAAAUUUAAAACCAACUAAAAACUUAUGGUCUUCGUGCAAUGUAAUACAGUAAAUAGCUAGUUUUACGACAGUAUAGCAAAAAGUCCACCAAUUUGUAAAAUAUAUUUAUAAAAUAAUAUAGAUAUAUUUUUAUAUACAAUUCAUAUAAACAAUCUCAGUUACUUUGAAAUUAUAAACUCAUUU